ACGCAGCAGGGGGGGGGCGAGUGCUCCUGGGGCGGCGGUGCCGCGGUGGGAGCUGGCGUGGGCCGGUGCGUGGGCGGCGAGCGUGUGGUGGAACGCCCUGGCGGCAGAGCUGGGCAGGGCCGCCGCGCGGGAGUCCGUGGGGACAGGUUCCGGGAUUUCAGGGAAGGAGCGUGUCCGGAAGUUCCCAGAGCGGAGGGCGUGUGGGACCCCUGCCCCGUCCGUCAGCCCUGAGGCCCGGCCCUGACCCUGACCCCGACCCCGCUGCGCGGCCCGGGCGGUCCUGGGGGGACCCUGCCCUGCCCGUCAGCCCUGAGGCCCGGCCCUGACCCUGACCCCGACCCCCCUGCGCGGGGCGCGAGCGGUUCUGGGGGGACCCUGCCCUGCCCGUCAGCCCUGAGGCCCGGCCCUGACCCUGACCCCGACCCCCCUGCGCGGGCCCGGGCGGUCCUGGGGGGACCCUGCCCUGCCCGUCAGCCCUGAGGCCCGGCCCUGACCCUGACCCCGACCCCCCUGCGCGGGCCCGGGCGGUCCUGGGGGGACCCUGCCCUGCCCGUCAGCCCUGAGGCCCGGCUGCGAGGUGCGCGGUCCCGGGGGGCACCCUGUCCGGCGGUCCGGCCACCCUGGUGGGACCCUGCCCCCUUCACUAGUCUUCGGUGCUUGGCCGCACGGAUUUGAGGGGACACGGGCUGGAGCGGAAGCUGGCCGAGUCUGGGCGAUAGGGCCGGACCCGGAGGAAACCCGGGAGACCCACGCAAGUCGCGCGGGUGCCAUCGGUGCAGUGCGCUGUCCCGCGACCAGGAGGGUGACCCAGGCCGCCGCCGCCAUCAGGUGCUGGGUGACAGGUUGCCCGCGCAUUUUAUAUUUAUGUUUCAAAUCUACAUUUCAGAAGUAAUCAUAGCAGAAAUUCUAAAAUUACUAGAAGUAGCUUUUUAAAUUAGUGACAUUUCCUCUUUUAAAAAGUUAAAACCUGCUUUGGUGUGGAAAGGAGAGAGAAGCGUUUAUAAAAUCCGGGCCACCCCACCAGCAGUGCUUUCACUUUAGAGUUAGCGUGGUCUGUGCGAGGUUGGUGACAGCCACGUGACGCAGGUGUGAAGCAGGAAGGAGCUGUGUGGCAGCAGGUGUGCGGAGGCUGGGCGUGCAAGGAGACAGGCGGUCAGAGGCGGCCUCUGCUGUCCUCGCUGGGGACGCCCUUGUGCGGCCUCCUCGUCCGCCGGCCCUGGCUCUGCUCCCGAGUGCCCUCUGCAGAGCCUUCCUUCCAUUGCGUUGCUCAGGCCCUCUGACCUGAGCACUGACCGGCAAACAGUCCCUCGGUUUUCCCUGCUCCAGACCAGCCCGUGCUUUUCUUCCAGAGUAGCCAGAAACAGUGCUUCCGCAGUAUCAUGCUGUGGUAAAAGCAAGACAAGGAGGUUCUCCAUGCUCGGCACUGUGUCCAGGGUCAGUGGGGAAGUGGUGGUAGCAUAGAUCAUUUCUGCGAUGUAACGUGAUCGAUUCCAGGAAACGGCAGUCAGCGCCUGCACACGCCGCAGCCCCACUGUUGCACAGUCAGUGAUGCCGUCGCGACGCUCACCUGCAGUUAGGCCGUUGACCACACUGCACGGCUUUGUGGAUUCCUGAGCAGAGCCCCCAGCGGCUCACUCGCCCAGGAGAGGGCACAUGGGGCCCAGGGGCUGGGGUGUGUGUGUGUGGAUUGAGCUUCUGGCAGAACUGACCUGCGUGAAACAGGAAAAAGAACAUAUGAUCCACAGUAUACUUGCUUGUCAGCUGGUUCAGGCUCUCGGGGAACGGAGUCCCUCCAAGGCUGUAGUUCCCACAGUACACCGCCUUGGGGUUUGUGUCUGCGGGGCAGGGGGAGCCCCACCACACCCCUGAAGACGGAGCAUAGCGAUGCAUUUUCUCCUGGGUUCGAGAGGGUUCUAGCGUAACUACGUUUCCUGGUUAGACUUGGAAGCGGUUGUGUGGCGUGAAUUACUUGGAGCAGACCUUUCUGAUCUGUCGUUGGCUUGCUUGCCGUUGGAUGCUGUUUCCGCUGCAGAUUUCUCUUUUUGUGUGCAUCUUCUGAUUUACAGAAUUUUGGCUGUAAAUAUAAUAUUAUACAGAGAUACGUAUCAUUUAAUGUCCUGUUUUUCCAUGUACAUAUUAUUACUUUCCGUAUUAGUACAUAGAUUGAUUUCUGCAUUCUGUUCAAUUCACCAUAUUUGGUAUUUUUAAUUCAUUUUUCUUUAAAAGGCAGAUACAUGCACACACACACAUGCGUGGGGAGAAAGAGACAGAGAAUACCUUCCAUUCAUUGAUUUACUCCCCUGUCACUCACAGCCAGGGCUGGACUAGGCCAAGCCAGGAGCCAAGAGCUUGAGCUGGAUCUCCCAGGGGUGGCAGGGCCUGGGGCACUUGUGCACCUGCGGCCUUCCAGGGUGUGCACCAGCAGGCAGAAGUGAGGCCAGGACUCGAACCCCUGUGCUCCCACAGUGGAUGCAGCUGCUCCCACCAACUCCAUUGCAAACAUCAGCCCCAUAUCAGCCUCACUUCAUUUUGUCUGACGUUGUGGGAGGUGUUCUCAACACAGUAGGUAAUUUUGUCUUUUUUUUUUAAAAAAAGAUUUGUUAUUUGAAAGAGUUACACAGAGAGAAGGAAAGGCAGAGAGAGAGAGGUCUUCCAUUUGCUGGUUUACUCCCCAAGUGGCCACUGUGGCCAGAGCUGUGCCGAUCCGAAGCCAGGAGCCAGGCGCUUCUUCCUAGUCUCCCACGUGGGUGCAGGGGCCCAAGCACUUGAGCCAUCUUCUAGUGCUUUCCCAGGCCAUAACGGAGAACUGGAUUGGAAGUGGAGCAGCUGGGACACGAACCGGCGCCCAUAUGGGAUGCAGGCACUGCAGGUGGAGGCUUUACCCGCUACGCCACAGCACCGGCCCCGACAUAUGGCCGUUUUCACUGAUAUGGAAGCAUACCACUUUGGAUUUAAUAUUUCAAAACCUGUGAGUUUGAGAUGAACGCUGAAAUUAUAUAAUUUGUAUGAAAAUGAAACGUUUUAUAAAUUGAUUAAAAGAAUUCAAAAUAAAUGAAAAUGAAAACUGGGUUCCCUCUUGUAAUUGAGUUUAUUUUGGAGGUCAAAACUUACUUGCUUUGAAUUAUUUCAUGUUUCAAAAGAAUUACCCAGGAAAGAUAAUGAUUCAUAUUUAUCAAGUGGGAAAUUAAAAGUCUCAUUUUAUUAAAAAUAAAAUUAUGUAGGCUCGUCUAGAAAAGGUUUAAUACUGAAGUCGCAGCCAUGUCUGAUCCCUCCAAGCAGACUACACAGAACCGGGGCGCGUUAAGCUCAGGGUUAGGGCGGACCCAUCCAGGCAGGGCCGAGACGUCCCGCCCGCAGCCAGAGAGGCAGAGGCAGGCGGACGGAAGGACGGACGGACGGGCCGCGGCGCCUGCGCCUGGCCAUGCACCGCCUGUGGCUGAGGCGGGCCCGGGAGCGGCAGGCUGCAGGCGCGGACCCCGAGUUCCUGCUGCCCGACGAGAGAUGCUUCCAGGAUGCGGCCAGAGGCAACGAUCUGGAUCUGAUGGAGAAGCUGUUCAAGAAGAAGGUUAACAUUAAUGCUGUUGACAGUAUGAACCGCACAGCUCUGCACUUCGCUGUUGGUCGGAACCACUUGUUGGCCGUGGACUUCUUGCUGACUCACAAGGCCAGGGUGGACAUCGCAGACAAGCAUGGCCUGACGGUGAUGCACCUUGCAGCUUGGUCUGGAAGCCUGGAGACCACGCUCAUGCUGGUGAGAGCUGGAGCAGAUCAAAGAGCCACGACUCAGGACGGGAUGAAUGCUCUCCACUUCGCAGCUCAGAGCAAUAACGUGCCGGUUGUGGAGUACCUCAUUCAGGAUCUGCAUCUCUCGGACUUGAACCAGGCUGACAAGAGAGGAAGAAAGCCAUUUCUCUGUGCGGCAGAGAGGGGCCACGUCGAAGUGAUAGAAACACUCACCCUCCUCAACCUGCAUUCUUCAGAGAAGGACAAGGAGGGAAACACAGCCCUGCACCUGGCGGCAAGGGGUGGGCACAGCCGAGCUGUGCAGCUGCUGCUGACUCAGCGGCGAGGAGUGGAUGAAGUCAAUGAGGAUGGAGAGACACCGUUCUUCCUGAGUGUCCAGGGGGGCCACGAGGAAUGCAGCCAAGUGCUCCUGGAGGCGGGAAGCGACAUCAACGUCAGAAAUAAGCUCAACGUAAGCGCUUUGCAGACUGCAGCCCGGAACGGCCAGGCAUCCCUCGUCAAGUUUCUGCUCCGAGAGAACGUGGACCUGCACCAGGGCCUGGACCCCACGGAGUCCCCUCUGCACCUAGCAGUGACCCACAACCACAUGGCCAUAGUGACCAGCCUACUGCAAGCGCAGCACGACACCAAUGUCCUCAAUCAGAGACAGCAAACCCCACUACACGUGGCCGCCGACCUUGGGGACGUGGAACUGGUGGAGACCCUGCUGCAGGCAGGCUGCGACCUGAAGGCCGUGGACAAGCAGGGAAGGACUGCCCUGGCCGUGGCCGCCAGGAGCGGCCACAGCCUGGUUGUGGACAUGCUCAUUAAGGCGGAGAGAUUCUGUGCCUGGAGACAGGAGCACGGCGAGGGCCCCCGCGCUCCCCUGACGUUCAAGCAGGACCACAGCCUGGAGACUAGGCCUGUGCGCGCACUGCUCUGGGACCUGGCCUACCGGCAGCUCAGCGCCAACGAGUGGCAGAGGCUGGCCCGGUCCUGGGGCUUCACGGAGGAGCAGAUCAGAGCCAUCGAGCAGCAGUGGGCAGGGAAGGAGAGUUUCCGUGAACACGGCCACAGGGCCCUGCUCAUCUGGCUGCACGGGGCCCUGCUCACACAGCCCCACCCGGCCAAGCACCUGCAUGAGACGCUGGUGCGCGCAGGCUUCCCAGAACUGGCCGAAAAGACUCGUCAAUUCAAAAAUGACUCUGACUCAUGCUCCAGGAAAUGUGCCGUUUCAUAAGUGCCUGAAGACUUGUGUACGUGUUUUCUUUCCAAUUCAGCAUCUUUAAGGCUGUGUCCUCCCACAGCAUGCGACGGUGGUGACAGGACGCGCUCACAGGCGGAGGACACCACCAACUCCCCAACCACUCGGGUGCUGUCAGAUACGCUUCGUGGUUUUCCUUAAGGGCAGUCUGUCUGUGGUUCUUCCGUCUGUCAUGUGAUGGGACACGUAACCUGGGAGAGUCGGAGGGUCGGAGGGUCACGUUUUGGUGAGAUUCCGAUGGAGCAGCACUGGUGUGUAUGGAAACCCGGGGGUUUUCCAAGAUACGGAUUUGAAGGGGGCUUUGCCACCCACUCACUGAGAGCUUCUGGCCUGUGAUCGUCAGACCGAGACCUUCAGCUUCGUUCCUGGAAAGAGGCACGACUCGGCGAGGGUUCCCCUCAGGCCCACAGCCUGGAAGUCACGCCUCCGGCUCUGUCUGCAGCAACACGCUGGGCUUGGAACAUGAUGCUGUUGGCUUUACAUCACAUGUAUGUGGAAUACGCUGCUUAAAAUUACCAGGCGCCUACAUACCAGCCUGUUUUGGUCACUUGGUGGAUACUUACAGCAUGAACACGCGUUGCUUUUGACACCUGAAGUUGAGAUGGACGUGGAAUCGGGACAGCUUCUCCAUCGGAUCACACACAUCCAUCUCAUCACUGAAGCUUGCCGGUCUCAUUUCCAUCUCCACAGCCACCAGGCAGUAAUAAAAUCCUGAGCAGGCUGAGCCUGGUCACUGCAUCCAGUCUGUUGUUUUACAAGUCCCGUGCCGACUGGCAGCGACCUGCCGAAUCCUAUGCAUGCUUCAAACGGCUAAAAACUCAUGACUCCAGGUCUUUUUUAAAGAUGUAUUUAUUUAUUUAAUUGAAAGAGAAGGGAGAGAGAGAAUCUUCCAUCUGCUGGUUCACUCCCCAAAUGGCCGCAACAGCCAGGGUUGGACCAGGCUAAAGCCAGGAGCUUUAGGUCUCCCCGAUGGGUGCAGGGGCCCAAGCACUUGGGCCAUCCUCUACUGCUUUCCCAGGCACAUUAGCAGGGACCUGGAUCGGAAGUGGAGCAGCCAGGAUUUGAACCUGCGCCUAUAUAGGAUGCCAGCACUGGUGACGGCAGCUUAACCUGCUGAAGCACAGCACCAGCCCCCAGCUCCAAGUUUUGUAGGAAGGCAGAAUGGUCUUACCCCAUCUGCUGGUCAACAAGGCCAGCUUCCACUGGUCUUGCUGCACCCCCUCCCUGCCAAAACAAGUGGGCAUACACACUGCUACUGCGUCAGGUGCUUUACUUACCACUAAUUACUGGAGCUUUAGACAGUACACACACUUCUGAUCUGAAGCUUCCCACAUAGACCUUCAUUGGGCAUGUACAGCCAGCUUAACCACGUGGCUUUGGUUUGGAUGCUGCCAACGCUUUCUAGCCAUAGUCUAGGGUCCUCACGGAGGAGGAGGGCAGCCUUUUCAGGAGUGCAGACCCAGGGAGGUGGGGGUGGAGGAAAGGAGUGACCCAGGGGAAGGCCACGGGCACCAGGCUUUGAGUGCCUGAUUCUCCUCUGGUGGGACCGUCCCGUAUCAGAGUGAGGAGGCCCUGCCUGCUGGCCAGCAAGGUGUAACUGUGGGCUGAGUAGACCCAGUGGAACCUCUGGGCUCUGUGAUGCAGAUCGGAGUGAGGAGGGGGCACGGGGGCCUGCAGAAGCCACAAGCUGGUGGCACCACGGCAGCUGUGUCAGAGCCCCGAACAAGCGCGCCUGCGCAUCUGCUCUUCAGACACUGCCUGGCACUUCUGUGCUUCAGAAAG